AUCGCGCAUCCGGGGGUGCGGCGGGAACUGCCGCCGGAGCGGGGGGAAUUGCUGCUGGAACAUCCGGGGGGAACUGCCGCUGGAAUAUCCGGGGGGAACAGCUGCUGGAACACGGAGAACUGCCGCUGGAGCGGGGGGAACUGCUGCUGGAACAUCCGGAGGGAAUUACCGCUGGAGCGGGGGGUACUGCUGCUGGAACACCGAGGGGAGCUGCCACUGCCGGAGCGGCGGGAGGCGCCGCUCCCCGCUGGAGCAUCCGGGGGUGCGGCGCUGCCCCGGCGCCCACGGGGCGCAGCAUGGAGAGCCCCGCGGUCACCUUCACGCUGGCCUACCUGGUGUUCGCCGUGUGCUUCGUGUUCCCUCCCGACGAGGUGCGCUCGGCGGGGCUGACGGUGCAGAGCCUGCUGUCCGCCUGGCUGGGCAGCGAGGACGCGGCCUUCGUGCAGUACCACCUGCGGCGCAGCACCGGCACGCUGCUGGCGCACUCCCUGCUGCCCCUGGGUUAUUACCUUGGUAUGUGCUUUGCUGCACCUGAAAAACAUCUUUGUUUUUUCUACCUGGCUUCAAAAGAGUGGAAAACUUUCUUCUUCUUUGCCGUUCUCCUCCCGGCAAUCACCAGUGCCCUGGCAUAUUACUGGUCACGGAAAGGUUGGAAUAAUCACCCGCUAGCCCGGACACUCGCUGUUCACGCUCUCCCACAGUCAGGUUGGAGGGCAGUAGCUUCUUCCAUCAACACAGAAUUUAGGAGAAUUGACAAAUUCGCUACGGGAGCGCCAGGAGCCAGGGUGAUCGUUACGGACACGUGGGUGAUUAAAGUGACCACCUACUGUUUACAUGUUGCCCAGCAGCAGGACAUUCACUUGACGGUGACAGACUCCAGACAGCACGAGCUCACACCAGACUCCAACGUGCCUGUGCAGUUCCUCACCAUCCGAGUUGCCAGCGUUAAUCCCUACGUCAAGGCGUUCGAUAUCCGGUUGAACUCCACAGAGUAUGGGGAGCUCCGGGAGAAGCUCCGUGCUCCUAUCAGCAAUGCAGCUAAUGUUGUGAUCCAUCAAAGCCUUAGUGAUUUAUUUUUAGAAACCUUUACAUCUCUGGUGGAAAUAAACCAGACAUACCAUGUUCCAAGCACUCAGGAGCUGGAGCCAUGCAUAGGGUGUAUGCAGACCAUUGCCAACAUCAAGCUCAUCAAGAACUGCCAGGAGCCCAACGAGGGGGAAUGCCAGCAGUGCUACUGCCGGCCCAUGUGGUGCCUCACCUGCAUGGGCAAGUGGUUUGCCAGCAGACAGGACCAGCAGCACCCAGAGACCUGGCUGUCGAGCCAAGUGCCUUGCCCAACUUGCCGAGCCAAAUUUUGCAUUCUAGAUGUUUGCCUAAUACGAUGAGUAGUAACUGGGGUAUGUUUGAACUUUUUAAAUUUGACUGUGUUUCAUAGUGGGUUCGGUUAAAGACCUGCUAGAUCUGCUUCUGAGACUGCAUAUUCUACCAGGGUACAAACUCUAAAGGUUUCUUUUACAGUGUUGAAAACAGAUGUAAAUAUUUUCAGUUCCUUUCCACUUCUACCUGUAUCUGGAUUUUACUCACCUGAUGUCAGCUUCUGGAUUUUAAUUUUGUUUAAACUCCUGUUUUCCUUUCUUACAUUUUGGAUUGGAAUAAGGUUAUCGUUCUAUAUUUGAAGUACUGUUGUUUUUUCAAGUUUUAAUGUAGGUUAAAUUCUUUACAUUUUUAAAUUUAACUUGGGUUUUGAUUGUUUAAUAAAGGGCUAAGUGA